AUGUCUUUAGUACCGCCAACCUCGCUUUUGCCGCCAGAACAGAUGUUCUCGCUCCAAGUGGGCACUAAGCUGUUUCAGAUUUCGGGAUACUCGCUCAAUUCAGACUCGCCCAACUUGUUCACUGACUUUUUCAUAGAAAACGAGUCGGCAACGCUUUUCAUUGACCGUUCGCCACAGGUUUUCAAACUGAUCAUGGACCAUCUCCAGGGCUAUAGUCUCAACAUCGAGAAUGAAAGUCAAUUCACGUUCUGUUUCCUGGAUGCCCUGUAUUUCAAGCUGCCUCGGCUCCAGGACCUCAUUAAAAACUCCGAGUACCACUACGUAUGCGUGGGCGGACAACACUUCAAACUCGCCAAAACGCUUCUGGCGCAGCCGGGAAACUCGCCCAACUACUUCGACAUGACGUGCCGGUCGCUGUUCGAUGAUGUGCGGUCCGUUUAUCUUACAAUGAACCUAGCGCGGCCGCCCCCACAAUCGCCUCCUUACGUCAAUCGCUCCCCGGUCUUCCUGUCGGACCUCGUCACGCUUCUGCAGGGCGGCGUUUUAGAUCUGACGCCGGAACGGCGUCAAUCAUUGAUCCAAGAGUGCCGUUACUACCGGUUUUUGCGUCUCGAGCAGCAAUUGGUCCCGGCGCAGAUAAGCUGGAACCCCGUGCUGCAAACAGAAGAGGUUGUACUCCAAUUAAAAGACAUCAAGUGUAAGUUUGUGUCCAUCCCACUGCGUAGCCCAGAUCCAUCACAAGAAGAAGAACCAACCCCCAAGAAACGCCGCUUGAUCAGCAAUAUCUCCUGGACCGCCGUUCGUUACAGAAGGCCGUACGUGGACGCCGACCUCCCGCGCGCGCGAGAAUUAAUCUUCCAAUUUUGCAACUCAGAGGCAACCUUGUUUUUCAUUAAGAACGCCAAGACCAUUCACGUCGCGAUAUCGGGCCAGACCCUGGUCAGGUUUCGGUCUGUUUUCCAAAAAGUCCUGGCUGAAAACAAGAUCAAUUUGAACACAUACGAGAAACAAAACUCGCUUUUAGUUCUUCCUGCGUCUCUGUCGCUGUGCUGUAUGCGUGUGAACACAGUGCCAUGUAGAAAUGUCAGCGCACUCGUCGACGAGAUGCAUUUCAACGAGCAGGUGCUUGAUUUCAACAAUCCAAAUAAUAUCAAUCAACUGGUCCCUGGGCUCAAGCUGGAAUUGACCAAAUCGCUCUGGAAGCUUGGCAUAAGUGACAAUAAACUACUCAUGAUCGCUGUGAAGGCCGAAGCCAUCUCAGGUCUCAAAGAAUACAACAAGACACUGGGCUAUGUAUAA